UGGCUUUGCAUAAUCACCUCUCCUAUUGUUCCAGAGCUGAAAUCAUAGCUGGGAAUCCCUUGAUUUUCAGCAAAUCCUGCUUUAGUAGAGUUGUUUGGAAGCUGGGUAUCCCUUGAUUGCAGGACUUGGUUGUCCAAGCAAUGGCUUCGAAAGGGACCGGAGAAGACAAUUAUGAAGGCAAACAAAAAAGUAUCACCAAACGCUCAUUUGCAUUUGCGGAAGCACUAAGUCAAGCCACUGAAAAGAAUGCCUCAGCCUUCAUGAAUAGAAUAACGCAACGAGUUCCGAAUGAAGGUGGGGUACGUCAACUUGGUCCAAGUUUCCAUAGUGAUAUACCGGCCGAUGUGGAAAAAUUUUUGAGCCAGCAUGUAGUAGAUGAUUCUAGCUACUUCAGUGAAGGAAAAGCAUGGGGAGCAUGGGGAACAAAACCAGGAAAAUGGCCUGGUGAAACGGCCAACUGGAUUCCGUGGGUAGAACGAGUCGAGAAGCGAUUUGGGGAAAUAUGGAAACGACUUGGGAUCUAUGACGCCAUCAAGCUGUCCACCAUUAUUAUUCCUUGUGACCGCUCCUUGCUGGCUGCCGCUAUGUGUUUUUGGAGUUCUCAAACAAACUCUCUGGAGCUUCAGUUUGGUGUACUUAGUCCGACCUUGAUUGAUAUAGCAGCCAUUAUAGGCCUGCCGCCACAUGGGCAAGUGGUGGACAUCGUAUUUGCAGAAGGAAAGUGUGACAUUGAUCUUGGCUGCGAGCUAAGAGAUCGAACUAAGGGUAGACCAACCGUUGCUAAUUUUAAUACAUGGAUUGAGGUGUUUAACAACGGUUUGGGAAAUAAGUCACUUGAUAGUAAUGGCAGUCCAGAAGAGAAAGGGGAAAGCCAACAGGAGACAAUGGAAGUAACCCAUGUAGAGCAUGCUGCGUUUCUUGCCUUUUGGAUAUGUAAGUUCUUAGUGUGCACAACUUCUAAAAAAGUGAAUGUGGAGUACUACAAGUUGGCUGAAGCAUUAGCAAGUAAAGAAGUACAAGAGAGAGAUCAGCCAUUAGCUCUUGGUCCAUUUGUGCUUGCCCACUUAUAUAGAUGUCUUCACCACUGUGUGACCGAAGGAAUGAAUCCAAAUUGGUCUGGGCCAUUGUGGAUUUUUCAGUUGUGGCUGCACACUUACUUUCCCUCUUUCAGACAGCCGGGUUUAGCAUUGGCCGUUGACACCACUCUUGGACAACAAUUGGCUCCUCUUGAUUUACUUCCUCAUUCGUCAGAAGAGUGUUUUGAGGUGUUGUUCAAGUGUCUAGAGUUUUCUGCAGAACAGUUUGCCGUUUGUUUCAGUAGGAAGUAUCCACCUUACCUUGCAAUGGAUAUCAGCCAACACGCCUCAGAAAGUGAGACGAGAUGGGAGACUGCGUGUUCAGCUUGGAAGAGUGCAAUAGGUAUGAGGGAUCUCUUCUGGGGUGCCUUGUGUGGUAAAACACUCAAGUGUGGAGUGGAGUUAUAUUCACCAUCCUAUUUCAGUCGUCAGUUGGGAUAUUAUCAAGCGUUUGUGUACAACAUGAGCUUUCCCAUGAAGACAAGAGUAGCAACUAGCAAGAGUUCCUCCCAGUUCAGAGAGUAGUGGGCGAAACGAGUAGGUAGCCGCUUUAAAGAUGGGUUGGUGUCGGCUAGGCGAUCGGCUUUUGCAGGAAAUCCAUGGGCACAAGAGAAGCCGAAAGCUAUAAGGCGUGGUAAAAUAACAAGCAAAUUUGCUAGAGCAAUCCCAACUAUAAGUGGCCAAGAGUCUUUGAAGAAGUGUGCUAAAGGGAGCACAAAGAGAAAGGCCAUCCAUAGUGCGGCCGCUAAGGCGGCCAAAGAUGGUGCCACCCUGUCUUCAACGUCUCAAUCUCCUCCAGCGAAACAACCGGCAAAACAAAACGAGCAAUCCUCUGAGAGCGAAGAACAAUUGUGCGUGGCCAAAUGAAGCUGCCUAGAGACAUUCAAGAAGGCCAACGUCCGAAAUGCCAUUCCUUGUGAAACAGAGGAAUCUGUGGAACUAACCAUUGAUAAAGAUGGCCAACCAAGUAGUGACGAACCUGUGGGGGAGAUAAUUUCUCUUGAAAGAAUGGCUGAAAGCGAAGUUGUGACAAUGAAUAUGGAAGAGACACUUGUGCUCACCCAAACUUCAACGCAAGCCAGUAUCCCUCCUCAUCGCUUAGUGAGCAACACCUGGUGUUGGCUAAUGAACUAGAAGGUAAUAAAGGGUUUGAAGCCGAACUUCAGGCUUUCAUGAGGGCAUUUUCGGCCGAUGCUCUAAUCCAACCAGAAUGUUGCUCGGCCAUUUCGCAGUUACCAACCGCGUAAUUGACAUCAAGGGAGGAAGUUGAUGGGGUUCUGAAGGUGGUAAAGGAAACGUUAGCGCAGCCAUUAAAAGAAUUUGUGGAAACAGGCCAACUAUCAAAAGUGAAAGUGGCCAUGGAUUUGUUACUUGGAGCCAAAUACUUUGCCCCUCCCAAGGUAGCUCUCAUUGGUGAGAAGCUAGAAGUGUUGACCCAACAAAUAUCCCGUGUAGCUGGUUCAUACCAAGAAAUAGAAAAAAGGAGACAACAAAUCUUGGCU